AUGAGUAAUAGGUUUUCUAACUUGUAUUGGUCUGCGGACUAUAAAUCAGGUAUUGACAAAUUGACUCAGCAAUCACUUAGAUCUAUAAAACAACUUCAUGAAUUACGAAAACUCAUAUUCAAUUACAUGCAAUAUUUCCAUUCUAACAGUGAAUAUUUGAAUAAGUUAGGAAUUGAAACAUUUUCGUUUGAAAGCGGAUUUAGACCUGUGGAAUCUAAAGAAGCGAUAGAGUUUCCAUCAAAGAAUCGUGCUAUAAGAAAGGUUAGCGGUGGCUUCCAGAGGAGAACGGUAUCUCAGGCUGAGCGUCAUUUAGACUCUGUAAAAACACUUGAUCAUAAUGAAGCACAUAAUGCAACGGAAAAUAUUUCUGACAAGAAUAAGCCUCAUCCUACAAGCAUGUCUGAUGCGUUCGAACUCUGUGUUAAGAAUAUGUCAGAUGAAUCGCAUAUUCUAAUUAACUUGGCAUCUGUCAUAGAUCGUGAAAUUCUAGAGGGUAUUACUGAAUUUAUAAAAGAGCAUGAACCUCAGAUAAAAGAAACGUUGAAAGAAUUCGCCGAACUUGUUAGCGAUUAUGAUGCGACGUUUAAGGAGAUAGAAGCAAUUGAAGUGGAAUACGAUGAAUAUUUGAGAUUAAAGGAGUUUUCUAGAAUUGACCCACAAAAUGACAAAAGCGAUGAUGUAUAUGAAAAUUUAUCGGCUUCUAAUGAUAAUAAUGUUACCAAUUCUUCUGCAGAGAAUGUAGACGAUUCAUUCUCCAAUUCAUCACGACAUGAAGAUUUACUAGAUGGUGGUUUUGAGUUUCCAUUAGUGAUUGGAACAGUUAAAGCUAGAAAACAGUCAGAUUUAAUCUCAUUAUUACAAAAGAUGAUUGCAUCUCUUUCAACAAUAAGAAGAAAAAUACCUUUACCCGGGUACAGAAAUGAAAUUUUCAGUAGUGAUCAGUUAUGCGAUUUUCUAUUGAAACAGAGACCCUAUGGUUUGAAUCCUAGUCGUAUGAAUAUGGAAAAAUUCGGGCAAUCCUUACUUGACUUAAAGUUAAUAAUUGGCACGGGAAUCUGGUCUAGGAAGUUUAAGAGUGAGGGAAUGUGGUUUGAAUGGUCUGACCUUGCCGUUCUAAUUGCAAACCAUGCUUCAUCCGAAACGGAAAAAUUUGAGCAAAUAACAACAAAAAUCCCAAAAUUAACUAUUGAUGAUACUACUAGUAACUUCAUGAAUGGUAUGGCACAAAACACAUCCAAAAGAUUUAAUGGUUUAUUCAAUAGUGUCAAAUCAUCAAUUUUAAAAAAUAACUAUUCUGAACACUUAGAAAAUUUAGAAGCGAAAUAUAAUGAAAGUUAUCUAGAAUUGCAAGAUUUGAAACAUUUGCUUGAUCUAGAGGUGACUAAGAAGUCAUCGGCAUUGGAAAGCUUUGAAAAAAUGAAAAUCGAAAUGGUAUUCAAGAGCUUGACCAAACUACAUGAAAUUAUAUACAAUUUUUCCUUAACAACGACUACAAGAUUGCACAAAUUGACAUCUGAAUAUAUUGUAAAUAUUAACUCAUCGGCUAAUUAUGUUCAUGAGUUUAAUAAAUUGCUAGAGCAAUUUAAUACUGGCAUAUAUUUUCCCUCGACAAUUUCACCAAAUCAUUUGGCAAAUCAUCAAUUCGGUGCCAUUCAGUCAAAUAAGAACUUCCAAAAUUUGAAAUACCAAUUCAAUUUAUACAAAGAUAUACCAUUACAACCCCAAUUGGCACAAUCUGAAGAAAAUCCUAAUCGUUUAUUGAGCAUAUCGUCGUUACCAAUUUUCCUUUAUCAAAUCAUUAAUUUAAUUGAAGAACAAGAAAAUAAUGAAGAAGUCAAGAAAUGUUGGUUAGGUUCAAUAGAUCAUCAAUGUAAUUGGUCCAUUAAGGAACUGAUUAUUAAUAGAGUGAAUGUCUACGUUCCUGAAUCAGCACUUGAUGUUUCAAAGGAAUUGGAAAUUCAUAAGGACAUGUCUGGAAGGAUUAUUUCCUAUCUACGUACAUUGCCUAGCAGUAGCUUAAUCAGCUUUUUCAAGAACUGGCUAUUGGAAAUCAGUGACUCAUUGAUACCUUGUAUGGUCUUUGACUCAUUAUUAAAUAACUAUAAGGAUGAUAUGCUGGGGUCUGAUAAGCAAGCUAUAAACAAACGAAAAAAUGAAACUGCAAAGUUGAUAAGCUCAAUCCCAAGAAGUAAUUUAAGUUCACUCAUUUAUAUUAUUGAACACAUAUGUGAAGUAUUUGAGCUAGGUCAAAUACCCGGUUUUGGUUAUGCCGAUGAAAUAUCUGACGAACUUAAAAAGCCGAGUGAUGAAUCAAAAUUAAAUGAUAUAGCUGUGGAAUUGAAUUCAAUGGAAAUUAUAGGAUCUGUUCCAUUCCUUCAUUUAAUUUUAAGGCCGUCACCAGUUAAACAUUCUUCUGGCUUCAAGCCUCCGUUGAAGACAUAUAAUACUAUACUAAUGGAUUUGCUUGAUAUUGAUGUUCGGUCUAAACUAUUUAGCAGUCUAAUCUCACACGAAAAAAAUUACUUAUCUAAAAAAGAGAAUGAAAAGAAAGCCUUAAGCAUACAGGUAAAAAAAAUUGCACAACAUCCUAAAGUGGAGCCACUGGCAAACAAUAAUAUUGUUAACACUCUUCCAAAGACUCCCAAUCCAUUAAAUGGAGGAGAUAGUUUUACUUUGAGACCAUUUAGGACUAAGCCUACGCCAAAUCCUUCUCCUUCUAAUUCACCUAGACAUACACCACAUAAUUCACUUGAGACAGGUGGAAAUGAGUUGAAAGUACAUAAAAUAAGGGAAAAAACUGUGAGUGAUGAUACCAAUCUGACAAGAAGUUCUAGCGCUAGCUUUUUGGCCCCAAACAUAGAUAUUGAAUUCGAAGAAUAA